AUGAUUAAUAUUUAUAUUAUGAACUUGCAAUAUUGUUUGUUCUGUUUGUUUUUUCAGAACACUGAAAACUCUUUCGGAUUCCAUUAAUUGCAUGAACUGAACAAACGAAUUUUUUCCACAAAUUUGUGAUUAACUGUCCGUCCAAUUUUGGUAUAGUUCUAUUUAUGGGGUUUCAAACGUUUUAUAUAGUCUCAGAUGUUUCCCAAUGUUUUAUAGGGAUAAUUUCACUUGAUGCCACACAUUGCUUUGUGGUAAAGAAAAAAACGAGUGAUUAUUGAAAUUUAAAACUAAUUUUGUACUUAGGAGAAAGGUGCAUUCAACAAUGAGUAUCUGAAUGCGUGGUGUAGUGAUCAAUCGAAGGUAUUCACCAUAUAUUAUAGCGGCGUCAGUUGUUUGAACUACACUCCUGUAUCCCGUGCCUGCAUUCGUUUAUCUUGCAAUUAUAUUUGAAUGUCAGAUAAAUCUCAUCUUUCAAUUCUUGUUUUUGUAUUAGCUCACAUGGAUAUAUGUGCAUUCUAGGAGAGAUAUGAUUAGAAACGAAGUUAUAUAGGGAAAGGUGAGAGUGGCCUUCGUGGCGGAUAAGAUGAGUGAAGUGAAACUGAGAUGGUUCGUACAUGUGAGGAGAAGGUGGACAGAUGUGCCAGUUAGGAGGGUGUAAGAGAUUGACUGUAGUAGGAGUUAGGAGAGGUAGAGGUAGGCCGAAAAAGAACCAACGGAAGUGAUUACACAAAACAUGACACAACUUUGACUUGCUGAGUACAUAACCCUAGAUAGGAAGGUAUGAAGGUCGAAAAUUAGGGUAGAAGGUUAGUAGGUAGCAGAGUAUGGUUGUCCAAUGGGUGGGAGAGGCAGAGGGGUUAGCCACAUAUCCUCUUCUCCGUAUUAGUAGUAAUAUUUGGUAAUAGUGUAGUUUCAUAUUCUUCUAAUUGUUCUACCAUCUGUUACUUCAUUUUGCUUUGUAUCUUCGUAUUUUGUUGCCAUUUUUUCUUCUUGCAACCGUUAUCUACAUAACUUUUCUUUUGAGCUAAGGGUCUAUAAGGUUCACAUAUAUCUUAUCCUCCCCAGACUUCGGUCGUGAAAUUACAGUGGGGUAUGUUUUUGUUGCACUUAAAGAUGCAUCCCUUUUCGAGUGCAACGACAUGCUUAAAGCACAUUACUAGCUUUCUGUUUGUCUUGUAACUGGUUUCUGUCUUGGGAGAGUAAACAAGCCAAGCAGGUGCAAUGUCAUUAGUAUUGACAUGGAUCUAUACAUCCACAUGCAUUUUAUUCAUCAGAAAGUUGCUCAGCCUGUUGCUCAAUGUGAUUCAAUUAUACAAGCAGUUUUCUUAUUUUUCAUCCCGUGUACCCCCUAUAUAUUGUUCAUACUUGUUGGUUUGAAUUGAAGGUUACAGUUCUUUUGCCUUAGAACAGGAAUUGUGUUAUGUACUGACCACUCUAAUCAUUCAGAUAUUUGUGUUCGUAAUGGACUUUACAAGUAGAGGCAGAGCCUGGUUCGACAAAAUUGGCGAAAAGCUGGAAAAUCUGUGUUGUGAAGUUGAUGCUAGAUCUCAGGAACAGAUUAAUUUUGUUGAAAGCCAAUUCCAGAUAGCGAGUGCAAGUCUGAAACAAUUUUGUGCAGGGGUUAUUCAAGAAAUACUCCCAGGAUCUUUGUCAGCUGUCGAGGAGGAGACCAGUAAUUUAUCUUCAGAACAAAAUAGAGAAGAACAACAUCCAGCUUCUGAGCUGUCAAACAUCAGUGUGCAAGAAGAUAGCAAGGAUGAACUUUCCUGUUCAAACUCGUCUUCCCUCAAGCUCGCUGUGGAAGCCAUGGAAGGAGUGCAUGCUGCUCCAUCACUUCAGCCAACAGCAGAUAAGGCGAUGAAGAUGUCUAUUGAGGAUUGGGAAAAUAUACUAGGUUUUACUGGUAAAAGUUCAGCACAAGUUGCUUCUACUGAGGAAACUUUAAAAAUGACAUUAUCUUGUGAGGGUGAUACAAGAGUUGAAGUUCCUGCCAAAUCUUCGACAAUUGCAUCAUCAGUUGAAUGCCUAGAAUUUGACCCUUCUAUGCAAGAGGGGAAAACUAUAGAUUUCACAGAUCAUGGUGCUAACACUUUGAAUGUUCCAUCAUUAACUUGUUCAAUUUACUCUACUGAGUCACAAGAAAGUGUUCUUGAUUUUGACGAAAUAAAUUCUAAUGCAGCACUUCCAGCAGUAUCAAAUGGAGCGUCUGUGGAUCAUCUUGUAGAUGAACCAGUUAUUGACUCGGUUCCUGAAGUGGCAUUUGAUGGAAACUGUGUUCUGGUGGAUAAAGAUGAUUUUUUUUCAGGCACUGAAAUCCAUGGAGCUCAUAUCUCUCACAAGAAAAAUAUGGCAAUGCUAAAGGUGAAACUAGAAAAACAGAGAAACAAGGACGCAACCAAAUGUGAGGAUCUCAGUGUGGAAUUAGAGGAAUCAAAUGCAGAAGGCAAGGCAAUAUCUUCUCCAACUGACAAGUUGGAAUUGUCACAAGAAGGCUUUUAUGAAUCAGACUGGGAGAUCAUCUAAACAGAUGAGCUCAUCCAGCGACAAUCAUCUAGACAAAUAGGCUUCAAAUGAAGCUCCAGGAACAGUACAGAGAUUUAGUAAUAAGCUCCAAACGGAACUUCCUUAACGAUUUUUUGACAUUCUUUAGUCAAAUCAGAUUAAUCUGCUUUUUCUGUUUUCUCAUUGA